AUGGCUCAUAAUACAAUUUCUCUCUUACUUGCAAGCCACAUUGCUUGCUUGGUUUUUUGGUCACUAUAUCAUUGCCAGCUCACUUCAGGACUUACAGAAACUGAAGCUCUUCUCAGAUGGAAGCAAAGUCUCCCAUAUCAGCCAAUUCUGGAUUCAUGGGUCUCUCAGCCUCAAGCCAAUUCCACUUCAGCCCAAACCCCUUAUUCAUGGCGUGGAAUAAAGUGUGAUUCUUCAGGAAGUGUGGUUGAACUCAACUUGAAUAACACUGGUCUCAAAGGUACCCUUAAAAACUUGAAUUUCUCAGCGUUCCCAAAUCUUGUUCUUCUUAAUCUCAAAUUUAAUCAGCUCACUGGUCCCAUACCAGAAACAAUUGGGUAUCUCUCAAAACUACAGUUCCUUGACCUCAAUCGUAAUCAUCUCAAUGGCACUAUGCCUCUUUCUCUUUCUAAUCUUACUCAACUUUAUGAGCUUGACCUUUCACAGAAUGAUAUAACUGGGAUAUUAGACCCUCGUCUAUUCCCUGUUGGAUCUGAUGAACCCAAAACAGGCUUGAUUGGUAUAAAGUAUCUUGUGCUUCAAGGCAUGCUCCUUGGAGGCAGAAUUCCAAAUGAAAUAGGGAAUUUGAGACAGUUGACUGUUCUAACUCUAUAUCGAAAUAGCUUUUAUGGACCUAUACCUCAGUCUCUAGGGAAUUGUACACAUCUAAACAUUCUGUCUUUGGCUGUAAACGAUCUCUCAGGUGCAAUUCCCCCUACUCUUGGUACACUACCCAAUCUAACAGAAGUUUAUUUGUUUAUGAACAAUUUAUCCGGUCCUUUACCACAAGGAUUUGAAAAUCGUUCUUUUACUAUGCUUGUUAUCUCUGAUAACAAUUUCACUGGCCACUUACCACCACAAGUAUGCAAAGACGGGAAGUUACUUGAGUUCACUGUAGCUUACAAUAGUUUCACUGGUCCAAUCCCCAUGAGCCUCAGAAACUGCACAUCUUUGGUUAGAGUUCGUCUUGAACAUAACCAAUUGACAGGAUAUGUAGAUAAGGAUUUGGGAGUUUAUCCUAAUCUUACCUACAUGGACCUCAGCUACAAUAGGCUGCAAGGUGAGCUUUCUGCAAAUUGGGGUGCCUGCAAGAGUUUGCAAGCUCUUAUCAUGGCUGGAAAUUCAAUAGGGGGGAUUUUACCUAGUGAGAUCUUUCAGUUGAAACAGCUACGAAAGCUUCAUUUGUCUUCAAACCGAAUAUCUGGCGAGAUUCCUGCUCAAGUUGGAAUUAGCUCUAACUUGUAUCAUCUGCAUCUGGGUAGCAACAAUCUUUCAGGAGUGAUACCAGAAGGCAUUGGGAAGCUUUCUAGUUUGGAGUCUUUAGAUAUGUCAAUGAAUAGAUUAAGGGAACCUAUCCCUUAUCAGAUAGGUGAUUGCUACAAGUUGCUGAAUUUAAACUUUAGCAACAAUUACUUUAGUGGCAAAGUCCCAUACCAAAUAGGAAAUCUUUUGGCUUUACAAGAUUUUUUGGAUCUGAGUCACAAUUCACUUUCUGGAGAAAUCCCUGUUGAUCUUAGUAAACUCAACAAGUUGAUAAGCUUGAACAUGUCUCACAAUAAUUUCUCAGGUCCUGUCCCUAACUUCUUAACAAGAAUGUUAAGCUUGUCAAGCAUCAACCUCUCCCAUAACAAUUUGGAAGGUCCUGUACCAGACAGUGGAAUUUUUAAUUCUUCUAAGUCAGUGGAUCUAAGUAACAAUAAAGAUUUAUGUGGGAGGAUCCAAGGCUUAAAACCUUGCAAUAUCUCAUCUAUAAAGCCACAUGGUGGAACUAACAAAGGAAAAAUGGUUAUAGCUGUCACUUCUUCUUUGGCUGCGGCAUUGAUUUUGUUGGGAGUGAUUGGGAUUUUUAUUAUUCUCCAUAAGAGAAACUCAAGAGCCGUAGAACAUAUCACAAGGGCCUGCAAAGAAAAUCUAUUCUCCAUAUGGCACUUUGAUGGCAAAAUUUUGUAUGAAGACAUAAUUGAAGCAACUGGGAACUUUGCUGAAAAAUACUGCAUUGGGGAGGGAGCUCUUGGAAAAGUUUACAAGCUGACAUUACCAGGGGAGGAUAAAGUAUUUGCUAUAAAAAAGUUGGUGUGUGAAGCUGAUAACCUUGAUAUUGAAAGCAUAAAAGCUUUUAAGAGUGAGAUCAAAGCCCUAACAGAAACACGACAUCGUAACAUUGUGAAAUUGUACGGGUUUUGCUCACAAAAGCUGCACACAUUUCUGAUUUAUGAGUACAUGGAAAGAGGGAGCUUAGCUGAUAUACUUAGAAAUGAUAAAGAAGCAUCAGAGUUGGACUGGUCAAGGAGGUUUAAUAUUAUCAAGGGCGUAGCACAAGCUUUAUCUUACAUGCAUCAUGAUUGUAAUCAGCCAAUUGUUCAUAGAGACAUAUCUAGCAAAAACAUUUUACUGUCUUCAAAUCUUGAAGCCCAUGUCUCAGAUUUUGGCACAACAAGAUUCUUGAAGCCUGAUUCAUCAAUUUGGACAACAUUUGCUGGCACAUAUGGCUAUGCUGCUCCGGAGCUUGCAUACACAAUGGCAGUGACAGAAAAAAUUGAUGUCUAUAGCUUUGGUGUUUUGGCUAUUGAAGUGCUUAUGGGAGAGCAUCCUGGUGAGUUAAUAUCCUACAACAGAACAAGUGGGAUGAAUCAGAUCAACUUCAAAGAGAUUCUGGACCCUCGUUUAUCAUCAACAAAUCAGCAAAACUUGAAGAAAUUGGCUUUGAUUUGGCACCUGGCUCUUCAAUGCUUACAAGCAAACCCUCAUGCUCGGCCAGCCAUGCGAAAUGUUGCACAAUUGAUGGAGAUGGAGAGUGCUCAUGAGAUAUGA